AAGAAGAGAAGGUAAUUAGAUAACGCCCAAACUUUGAAAGGCUUUUUUUGUCCUUUAGCUUUAUCCUUACCGAAGCGCUGGAGCUCUUGGGUAGAAUGGCCUCAAGUAUUGGCGAGUGUCCGGGAAAGACGGCACAAUAUCGAGUGGACCACCUCUUGAGUGCGGUGGAAAAUGAACUACAAGCUGGGAGUGAGAAAGGAGAUCCAACGGAGAGGGAUUUAAAAGUUCACCUCGACGACGCCGAGCUGUGGCUAAAAUUUAAAGAGCUUACCAAUGAAAUGAUAGUGACCAAAAAUGGAAGACGGAUGUUUCCUGUACUGAAAGUAAACGUGUCUGGUUUGGAUCCAAAUGCUAUGUAUUCCUUCUUGCUGGAUUUCGUGGCUGCGGACAAUCACCGUUGGAAAUACGUGAAUGGGGAGUGGGUCCCCGGGGGUAAGCCAGAGCCUCAAGCACCCAGCUGCGUGUACAUCCAUCCAGACUCGCCAAAUUUCGGUGCGCACUGGAUGAAAGCUCCGGUUUCCUUCAGUAAAGUAAAGCUUACCAACAAGCUUAAUGGUGGCGGCCAGAUCAUGCUGAACUCUUUACAUAAAUACGAGCCACGUAUCCAUAUUGUGCGCGUUGGCGCACCACAGAGGAUGAUCAUAAGUCACUCAUUCCCUGAGACCCAGUUCAUCGCAGUGACUGCAUACCAGAACGAGGAGAUCACUGCUCUCAAAAUCAAAUAUAAUCCCUUUGCCAAGGCUUUUCUGGAUUCCAAAGAAAGAAGUGACCCCAAAGAUGUGACAGAGGAGGCUGGUGACCAACAAUCUGGCUAUUCUCAGUUGAGUGGCUGGUUCAUCACUGGCUCUGGGUCCCUCUGUCCUCCGGCCAGUCCUCACCCCCAGUUUGGAGCCCCCCUGUCCUUGUCCUCCUCCCAUGGCUGUGACCGCUAUUCUUCUCUGAGGAACCAUCGCUCUGCACCUUAUGCCAGUCCCUACGCCCACCGCACAAACUCCCCAACCAGUUACACAGAGAACUCCUCAGCGUGCCUGUCUGUGCUCCCGGCGGAUAACUGGUCCAGCCUGCCCAUGUCUCCCCACUCUGGCAUGCUCCCAGUGAACCACACCUCCAGCCCCAACGCCAACUCCAGCCAGUACCCCAGCCUGUGGUCAGGCUCCUCUCUGGCUCCGGUCUCUCAGUCUGGCGGCAUGUCCAGCGGCCUGGGCUCUCAGUUCCUGCGUGGAUCGUCAGGCCACUACGCUGCCCUCUCUCACCCCAUGGCAGCGCCCUCUUCUGGCUCGCCCCUGUACGACAGCGCAGCCACAGAACUCCCUCACGACUCCUCGCAGUUCGACACGUCUCCCCACUUGCGGCUGUCCACCGCUUGGACACCCGUCACACCACCUUCUCUGUAAAGACUAUUGCAGACAUAUGUGGACAUUGUGUGCAUCUGUGCAACAACGGAGGAAGAUGCAGAGUUUUGUUUUAUGGAGUUUAAAGGGACACCAGGCAACGUUUUCG